GUGGUCAACCGUACUAAAAUAUUCGAGACCUUCUCCGGUUUCGUAGAAAGUAUAACAGGCUUGAUGGGAAAUUUCCUCAACAUUUCUUUUUCCAAUUAGCAAUGUAUUCUCUCCACCAAUGAUACCCUGUCACGCGACGCGCGAGAGAGAAACAACGAAAGAUUAGAGACAAGAAAAUCGAAACCACAAAAGAAAAAGGAAAAGCGUUUAGGUGAAUUUCUCUAGGGUUUCGAUUUUCUCCUUGAUUGAUACGUCUUCAAAGCGAUGUUCAAGUCCUUCUGGGGUUCUCAGGAGCAACAAACUCAGCCACACCCGCAAGAAAUUUCUACAGAUUCGUGGUACCCACCAUCUGUUGUCAGUUCAACCAAUUCUUCACUUCCCACAACACCCAGUGCCAGCUCUUCCAGCAACUUCAGCAUACCAAGGCCCCCAGAUCGAUCAAACUCGAUGUCAAAUGUCUCACCUGCAGAGGCUGCAGGUAUCAUAGCACUGUUGAAAGAUAAAAGUGUUGAUGACCUUCGGAAGCUUUUGUCUGACAAGGAUGCAUAUCAACACCUCUUCCGUUCACUUGAGCCUGUCAAAACUCAAAAUAGGGUGAGAGAUGAACUUCGGAACGAAACACUGCAACUUACUAGAGCAAAUCUGGAAAAAGAACCACAGAUAAUGGAGCUCAGGAAUCAGUGCAGAAUCAUCCGCACAACUGAGCUGGCUACUGCCCUGGAAAAGUUGCAUGACUUAGAGAAGAAGAAAGAGGAGAUUCUGAAAUUUUAUUCACCGGUUUCCCUCCUUCAUCAACUUCAAGAGGCAAUGAAUGAAACAGAAGAGGAAUCUGAUGCCCUCCACAGGCAGCUUCUUGAUAAGGAGAUUGAUAUGACAUCUUUUGUACAAAAAUACAAGAAGUUGCGCUGCACGUACCAUAAGCGCGCACUUACCCAUCUUGCUGCAAAGACAGCUAUAACCAACUAAGCUGUGAUGCUGUAAUGUAUUGGAUAUUUGUACUGCUUUUCCUUAAACUUGUAUAACAUUGUUCCAUAGGCAAACAAGUCUUUUAAGUUUUGCCUAUUUACUUCGAAGUGUUUUUGAUGAAGACAUCACUUGUUUGGACUCCUAUCUAUGUUUUGGACUAUUAUUUAUAUUUUAUUUCAUUGGGCUUGUAUUAAUGGGCUGGCCCAAGUACCAUAACCAUUAGGCUUAAUUUUGUUAUUUAUACGUUUGUAUUGCUUUUUCAAAGACGGUGGAUGAAUUAAUGAAAUGAAUAUGCUUGGUGAUCAA